AUGGAGGACUGCCGGACUGCCUUGCAGUUGGAACAAACAAACGUCAAGGCAUUAGCGCACCUUGGCAAGGCCCAGCAGGGACUGAAGGAUUACGAGGCGGCUGUUACGACUUACCAAGAAAUCCUCAAGAUUGACGAGAAAUACGAGAAAAUGGUGGCAGGUGGAUACCCACGAAUAAGUGGAGCCAGCAUAGGAAACACCGGCACGAUCAGCGGUAGCCAGAGCCCUGUCAUUGUUGGUCCAAGUGCAGUUAUUAUCACUUACAACAAGCUGUCGGAGGAACGCGAAAUCACCGGAUUCCAGGGGCCGGGUACAGCAGAUAACCUGCAGAAGGAACUAGAUUUCGAAAACAAAUUCCGUGAUUGGUUGAAGCAGAUUGGAGAAGGCAAUGUUCUUGCGAUGGAAUACCUGCUGAGAUUUUAUUGCAGUAGAUCCAUGCAGGCUGCUGGUCUCACUCUGGAUCACAUACGAGAGAUGCAAGGUGACGAGGAGGAACUGCAGAGAUUUGCUCGGUUACUGUUGUGGGAGUCCAGUUCAGAAGAGUUGGCUACCAAACUAGUCAGACCAACUAGGGUAAACUGCAAGAAUAACGAAGACCUGAAAUCACUGAGCUACUACUUACAGCAUGUCACUCCGCCACUUGAAGGUACACAUUUUUACUUGGAUGUAAGAAAGCAGGAGCUUACCCUUCUCAGGGGAAUUCUUCUGAGUGACAGCAUGGAGUCAGCUGGGCUGAUAUAUGUUGACUACCACUUGUCUGAGCAGGAGGAGGAGGGGCUUAGCCUCCUUGAGGAAACACUUGGUGUGGUGGAUGAACAGGACCGUGCUCAAUUAGGCAUUGUGGUUAAGACAAAGUCAUGGUUUGAUGUGGGGCGUGUAUCACACAGCUUUUUCCGCAUGCAGAAACAAAUAGGCAAACUUAGUGUGGAUAUAGACCAACGAUCACCGGAUGAGGUUGUCAAUCUAUUGAAGGCACUGGAAGGGUGCAGGUUGGAUUGGCUCACAAUGUAUGGCACCAACCUGCAUGCACGGGUGGGAGAUGUUAGCCACAUCUCGUCAUCCCUUACAAUCUUGCACCUCAGUGCAUGCAGGUUGGUCGAUGAUGACGUGAAGGACCUGAUCAGCAUCCUUCCUGCUGGGCAUGGUUUAGAAUCGCUUAGCCUUAGUGACAAUGCAUUCAGUUUGGAUGUAGUGAGGGCUCUCACUCAUCAUCUCCGAGGUCUCCCUAAGUUACAUUUGUUGUGGCUUUGUAACAUCAGCCUCCCUCCUGAGCUCGUCGGGCAAGUUGUCAGUCAAGACCUCCCUCACCUGAAGGAAAUAGAAGAAGGAGAAUUCGAAGCCUAA